CUCAGUUCUUAGAAGGUAAUCGUUCUUUCGUGUUGGUGAAAUGGACCUGAUCUGUGAAGAUUCCAGUUACAUACAUUUUACCAGAACUGCUUCAAGUGACAAAAGCUCACAUUACAAAUGUCUGAAACCCUUCGACCAGGAAAGAAAGAAAGAGGUUCUUCUGCCUAAGUGGACUAAAGUUCUCCUGAUAGUUCUCAGCGUCUCUGUUGUUUGUGCUCUCGUAGGCAUCUGUGCUCUGGGGAUGCGUCUAUCUCAUGCUAAACAUUGCAGCAUAUCAGUGUCUGAUCAGUACCACAAUGACACAGAUUAUAAAGGAAAGUUUGAGGAACUCCGUGUCCAAUAUGAGGAAACACUUGGAAAGUUGAACAGAUUAAAUCAUUAUAAAGGACAGUUUGAGGAAUUCCGCGUCCAAUAUGAGGAAACACUUGGAAGGUUGAACAGAUUAAAUCAGAGCACAGGCUCUGCACUUUGUGCUGUCCACUGGAUUCAUUCUGGAGGAAAGUGUUACUACUUUUCUACAGUCAAGAUGAACUGGAUGCAGACUCGAGAUUAUUGUGUGACUCUAGGAGGACAUCUAGUUAUAAUAACCAGCAAAGCAGUGCAGGAUUUUCUUGUGUCUGAAGUUAAAGAGACUCACUGGAUUGGUCUUAAUGAUCUGGAAACUGAGGGACACUGGGUCUGGGUGAAUAACCAGCCACUCAAUGAUUCAAUGGAAUUCUGGAUGAAGCGAGAGAACGGAGAAAGUGAACCGGAUAACUGGACAAAAGAUCAUCCGGCCGGUGAGGACUGUGCUUGUCUGGGGCACAUAAAUGGAGAGACUGAUUUCUGGACUGAUGCUUUCUGUUUUGAAGAGAAAAGAUUUGUGUGUGAAGCUCCUGCCUCUGUUUAAUUCCUCACACAUUACAAGUAUCCCUCAUUAUUUCUACAACAGCAGAAGUUCCUGUAUGUGAUCAAUUCUUGUCAUUUCUUUCUUCCUAACACAGCAUUACUAAGUAAUUGAUUACUGAAAUUAAUGUACUUUUUCCUUGAAAAAAGUAAAACAAGGGAUUACUCGUCAAUUUUCAGUAAUUUAAUAACAGUUUCUUCUGAUGUAAUUGCAUUAAAUACUGUAUAGACUAUAGAGCAAUUCUAUAUAAAUCAAUAGUGAAUUUAAAAUAAAAAUAUGUCUAAUGUUAAAAUGUAUGUUUUCUAAUUAAACGCUUUAAAUUCUU